GUGGUACUUUCAACUAAAAUGGAGACUUCAGAGGAGGUGGGUGCAAGUGACACUGUGAAAAUCCCUGAAAAGGUUUUACGUAGGGAUCAGGCAAGGUUGGAAGAGUUAGAGCGCCGCAGAAAUGAAAAGGAGAGCCAGUCGGUGGCGGAGGAGAAUGUAGAUUACUUCACCGCUACAUUUAGCGCGGAGAAGGCUGCUAUCGAGGAUCUGAUAUCAAGCUGCGCAAACACUGACCAUGAGAAAGCUACAAAGAUGCUAGAGGAUGCGACACUAAAAACGCAACAGCUUCAGAAAUUCCUGAACGAUAGUGUUAUGUUCCUCACACAGUACGAACUGAGACAAGCUCAGGCAUCUGUACAGAAACUCCAAGGUUCGGUCGUUGAGAGAAGAGCCGAGGUAAUGCCCAAAAAGAAAUUCGCUUUCAGAUCCCGUACCGCAAGGACAAGCCAACCGUCAGCAUCCAUGCCUGUUGGCGAUAAGGACAAAACAACGUACUUCGUGGGAAAUGCUGCGGUUCACGUUAGAGCUAGUGCCGAGCAGUAUGGGUUUUCCAAUGUCGACAGUCAAGUUUUAAUCAAACGGUCGGAAGAGAUCCAGCAACGAGAUGUGCUAUUAUCACAUUUAGCAGAUUGUAAGGUGAUCCUUUACGGCUCCCCAAACACGGUGCAUAUUAAGAAUGUCCGGGAUUGUCAGAUUCUCUGUGGACCAGUGUCAAGUUCUGUUUUUGUUGACGAGUGCACUGGCUGCACGCUAGUGUUUGCUUGCCAGCAGCUGCGGACUCACAACACCACAGCAACUCAAGUAUACCUCCACGUUACCAGCCGAGCAAUAAUAGAAGACUGUCACGGAGUCAGUUUCGCUCCCUUUAACUGGACAUAUCAGGGAAUGGACAAUGAUUUCAGAGUAUCUGGUUUGGAUCCCAAAAGAAACAAUUGGUCUCAGGUGGAUGAUUUCAACUGGCUUGCUUCUGGGACCCCCUCACCGAACUGGACUGUAAUUCCAGAAUCUGAGAGGAUAUCUUGUUGGGAUGCCAAAGAGCCCAGUUCUUAAACUGUUGUAAUCUAGAAUUUCUUCUAAUUGGUAGAUGCUUUAACGCAAUAGAUAUGAUAUGUGAUGUAAAAAUUAUGCUGCCGACAUGGUAUACUCAGAGAGCUCAUUCAUUAUUUAGAUGUCUUAAAACUCACUUAUAAGAAUAAAACCAAUCAUUUUUAACCCAAUAUCUUAUUUAUUUAGGAGAUUUUUGUAUUUGGUCUUCCCACAUCUACAAAUGGCUUUCUAGAAAAUCUUUUCUUGAAAACCUUUUGUUUAUGCACAGAUUAAAAAUGUCUAAUUUUUGACUCUUAGUUUGCUAAACAAAUCUUAAAGCCUUAUAACUACAUCAACUUAAUUUCUUAAAAUAUCGAAUCUGGAAAAGGUCAUUCAUGUCUCUUUUAAUAUUCCGAUUAGUUUACUGUAAAGUGCUGUAUCUUGGGAUCAGUGAGAUAUCUUCUGCUCCUUUACAAUUAAUACAAAAUGCUGCCGCCCAAUUAUUAAGUAGUGUGAAGCAAAAUAACAUUGCUCUGGUCUUACAUGCCCAUGCAAGACCUAGGUUCUGCUUUCUUGUUACUGCUAACUGUUCAAGAUGCUUGGCAUAAGUUAAAGAAUGAGUGUAGUGUGCCUUUGAUUUUUGAUUUUUUUUUUGCCAAGACAAGAGUGACAGCUGAAAUUAGACAAACAUAGUCUGAGAUUUGUCUUUAAAUCCAAUCUUAAAACAUGAAUUUAAAUCCAGAGGUUUCAAGAGCUGCUGUUGUGUUGAGGACUGUGUAGUGUUAUUGGUGUGUUCUUUUGAGUGUGGACGAAGAACAGACAAAUUUGUUCAUUGAUUGUAAAGCACUUUGGUUUUUUAAUGCACUACAUCAAUAAUGUUUUUACAAUUUUUUUCUGCAGCACUUAACUGUGGCUUAACCCCUUUGUGUACCUGCUGUUGCCAUUCUAAACUGACUUCAUCCUGCAACUUUUGGGAAGAAAAUCAAUAACAUAGGGAAAUAGAGGUAUGAUUUCUGACAAUUUUUGAGGUAUAAAUAAAUUAUAGAUAUAAAAAAUAAAGAUUUGAAAAAUCUGGCAGAGCAAAUGCCCCAUACCUCCCCACCUCACCCGACUCCAAUUUUAAUGGCCAUGACACCACAAACUGACAUUAUAAUAAGACAUUAAGCAGCCUGGAAUAGUUAUCAUAAAAACAUUUCAGAAACUGCACCAGAUUGUUUUUAUUAUUUUAAAUAUACAGCUUCUAUUAAGGCAAGACAGUGUUUUCCUACUGGGAAAGCCAAGCUCAAAUGAACAGUUACGAUCAACUCAAAAGGCUACAAAUUUCACUUAGUGUCAUU